GGGCGGUUCAGGCGAAACCGAGUUCACGCCGAGUGGAGUACGGCAGUUUGUGUCAGACCACGGAGCUCGGAAGAUGCUCCCGGUUGUUCACGUGACGGGUGGACCACCCUCGUCGCGACGGCGGCGUCGCGCGACGUUCCCGCUCGGUACCGCGGCUUCGUACGUCCCCGGGGUAACCGGCGACGCGAGAGAUACCGGUGCCGGUAAGAUCGGCGGAUCAACAUCCACUGCCAAGAUGAUGACCAUGGCCUUAACCGUCCUCUUGGUCCUGGUGCCUGCGGCGUACCCGGACAAGAUUUCCAUUGGUGCCAUUUUUGAGCAAGGUACCGACGAGGUACAGUCCGCCUUCAAGUUCGCCAUGCUCAAUCACAACCAGAACACUACAACUCGCAAGUUUGAGCUGCAAGCCUUCGUGGAUGUAAUUAAUACCGCGGAUGCCUACAAGCUCUCCCGCCUCAUCUGCAGCCAAUUCAGCAGAGGCGUGUUCUCGAUGCUGGGCGCCGUGAGUCCAGACUCGUUCGAUACGCUGCAUUCCUACAGCAACACCUUCCAGAUGCCGUUCGUGACACCCUGGUUUCCCGAGAAGGUCCUGACUCCGUCCUCGGGUCUCUUGGACUUCGCCAUAAGUAUGCGACCGGAUUACCAUCGCGCCAUCAUCGAUACGGUGCGAUACUACGGCUGGAAGAAAAUCAUCUACCUCUACGACUCCCACGACGGUAAGUCCUUUACCCUCCGGCUCUCUCAUGCAUUUCUCAUUUUACAGCGCGUAGCCGCCGCGGGGCUGCGCCGCGCUCGCGCUGCAGCUCGCGCCUUUUCUUCGGCCCUCCUCCUCCCCCGACCGAUAUUUCUCUUUUUAUUGUAUCCGCCAAGUAGGCUCGGUCUCCCGUGGCCAACUUUGCCGAUAACGCAGACAGGAGCUUAUCGAGUGGAUUCGCCGACUUUCGCGGCGAACAAGAGCGCGCACGCUCGCCAGUCCAGGCUCCGACCUUGCGGCGGAAAUAAUUCCUCACCGUCGAGCGUUUCGCUUCGCGGCGAACGUGACGCGUCGACGGAAACGACGCGACGACGACGAUUUCGUGCGACGUCGAAUUUUGCACACGGAGACGCAAGAAUUGUCGCAAGGAGAGAGGAUUCGCACGCGCGCGCGCACGCGAUGACUCCUUCGACGCUCGAACGUGGUUACCGAGAGCACGCGAGCGGAAUAACGAUCGAGCCAUUCGCGAUUAUGAGGCAUGGUUGCGGCCAACACCUGCUCGCGCUACAUUGCUCGCGAGCGAAUUACAUCACGGCGAAAUUACUUCUCCCCGUUUAACUACUCGUAUCCCGCUGUUGCCUCUUCUUUCCUGCCGAGUCGUCGUCGUCGUUGUCGUCGCUGUCGUCAUUGAGGCCGCGUAAUUCCCGAGCGAUUCGGCGGAACUACACGCAUAUAUAUA